AAAUGGCAAUGUUGGGUUUGGUGUUAUGUCUUCUUACAAUUCUUGCUGAUUUCACAACAAUUUCUGAAGCAAGAAUCCCAGGAGUUUACAGUGGAGGUGGUUGGGAAACUGCUCAUGCUACUUUCUAUGGUGGUUCUGAUGCUUCUGGCACCAUGGGAGGUGCUUGUGGGUACGGGAACUUGUACAGCCAAGGCUACGGUGUGAACACGGCGGCUCUAAGCACGGCUCUGUUCAACAACGGUUUCAGCUGCGGUGCUUGUUUCGAGCUCAAAUGCGCGAGUGAUCCUAAGUGGUGCCACUCAGGUAGCCCUUCCAUCUUCGUCACUGCCACCAACUUCUGUCCUCCAAACUUUGCUCAGCCAAGUGACAAUGGCGGAUGGUGCAACCCUCCUAGGCCUCACUUCGAUCUCGCGAUGCCUAUGUUCCUCAAGAUCGCCGAGUAUCGCGCCGGAAUCGUCCCCGUCUCUUUCCGCCGAGUGCCAUGCCGGAAGAGAGGAGGAAUGAGGUUCACGAUCAACGGUUUCCGUUACUUUAACUUGGUUCUGGUUACAAACGUCGCCGGCGCCGGAAACAUCGUGCGGCUGAGCGUGAAGGGAACAAGAACAUCGUGGAUAAGCAUGAGCCGAAACUGGGGACAAAACUGGCAAUCGAACUCUGUUCUGGUUGGUCAGGCACUUUCGUUUAGAGUCACAGCCAGUGACCGUAGAUCAUCCACGUCAUGGAACAUUGCUCCGACCCAUUGGCAGUUUGGUCAGACUUUCAUGGGAAAGAAUUUCAGAGUCUAAGGGCAAUUUCGGGAACUCACUAUCAAAAUAUCAGUUUUAUUAGUAUUCCUAAUCCUACUUAUUCUGAUUACUAAGCCGAAGGCAGCUAGUAAUUUGAGAAAUUAUAUAUAUAAAUAUAUUAUUUUUCAUGUUUCUAAGACCACUUGAAAUUCCAAUAUUCUACCUCUGA